ACUGUUUUUUUUUAUCAGAUAAUUUGUCUUGUAUUCGACCGAACUAACUAAACAAAUUUUAGCAAAAUGUUGUGGCGCAGCUUGACUGCAAUUUGUGCGGCAAUUAUGCUUUUGUCAUAUGUUGAACUUGGCUAUUGCAGUGGAAACGAAGAUGGUGAAAAAGAAAAUGAAAAACCUUCAGUUACCCUUAGCGCGAUGUACGAGAAUCCUGAUGGAACUGUCAAAUUCAAUUUAUACUUCAUGCAAAAUCUCUUACAAGGCAAAGAGUCAAAAGAUGUCAAUAUUCGUAUUAAAAUGGAAGGAAGUGAAGUGGAUCUAGCGGCCGCUGCAGCAGCAAUGAAAGUGUACUUUACAAAAAGCGUGACCGUUGAUCAAUGUGGAAAUUGGACAAUGAAAGAAGGUGAUGUGGAAUUAUCAAAAAUGAUACAAGAAAAGAUUUCUGCAAUGGCCCCAGAGGGCAGUGAAGGAACAAUGCCAGGAGACAGCAGUGGUGGCACAGUGCCGGAAGGUGAUAGUGCUGGAUCAUCGGAGGACGGUGGCGGUGCACGCCGUCGAAGAAAUGCUGCUGCAGCUCCCACGAACGGCCAAAUACUUGAGAUUAUGAUUCCGGACGGCGGAAACUUGUUUGAAAAGAUCGGAGCUACAUUGGUUUUUAUCAACGGAGACGUUCGAGUAUGCAAGGAAAUAAAAAUGGGAGAAACAAAAGGGUUGAAGAUGCUUAAAAUCAAAUAUGCUGCCACAAGUGGAUUUGACAGGGAUCAGAUCACUAAGAUGAUCGUGUUGAAAACCAAUAUGUCGGAAGGCUCAGUUCAAUUACGCGACCUGGGCGUUAUGGAUGGGUGUUACGUGGUAGAUGUAUACUUCAACUCCGACUUUAAAGACAAUAAACUGUUGAAAAAUGUUUACUCGAUGUUGGCAACAGAUUCAAACAUGGGAUAUUAUUCUUCCAAUGAUAAAUGCAAAACUGAUUACAUGUCUGGAUUUGUCGGCAAAUAUAUUGCAAAACGAUUUGCCGAAGGUGAUGGUUGCAUGAAAGAAGGAAAGGACUAUGCUCCAGAACAAAAAUCGCAAUGUCCUUCUUCGUGCAUGGUUCAACAAAUCGCUGAAAACUACAAGAAAACGUUGGAAGACUACAACAAACGAGUGAAAGCAUAUUACAAAAAAUGGGGAAAUGAUGAUGGAUACGAUGGCGAAGGCAGAGGCUGCGAUGGCGCUAGAGAGGGCGAGGGCGCUAGAGAACAACCAUAUUACAGAAGACAGCAAAGUGAGCCAUGUAACUGCGAUGACUACCAAGAUUCAGAAGACCCAGAUACAAUGUAUUUCAAAUACCUUGCAAAAUAUGUGGGAAUGGGGCCAAGAGAUGAAUUGAAGGAGAAGGCAGCCGAACUAAAAGAACUCUUGAAAGGACAAAUGGCAGGACAAGUUGACACUUACAAGAUUAAAAUGUUAGGUGAACGGAUUGCAGAAUUGCAGAUGGAAGCCAAAGAACGCGCACUCAUGACUGGAGCCGCUUUGUGUCUGAUGUCUAAAGGUGGGGACAAAAGUUUCGAAUAUUUGAAAAUGGCCAAAGAAAGAAUUGAAAAAUCUGAAAAUGCUGACGAAGAGGGAAAGAAAAUUCUAAAGGAAAAACUUAUGUAUGUUAUCGAAGCUGUAUUUAAGAAACUUUCAAGUGGUGAUUAUAAAAAGAAAAACGUAACCAAAGCCGAUUUCAAAAAACAAAUGACCUACAAACUUCAAAAGAUAUUCAAUGCAAACACAGAGUGUAGCAGUGAAGAAGAUCGAAUUCGUGUGACGAUGGCAAUAUGGGGAAUGAAUGCAAGCGCACCCAUGUACCUAAAACCGAUUAUUGAAAAACUCGACAUUGAAAAAAUAACAAAAUUUUUUGAAGAUAGCAAUAUGUUCGGAGAGGGAUUUGAUGAUUUUGCAACAACAAUAUUUUCUCUAAUAUAUGUGCCAUUCAGUGUCAAAGAGAAUGCCGAUAUGCUUAUGAAGGUAGAAAAGUUCAUGGAACUUAUCGCUGAAAAUGCUGAGCAAUUAAUGAAAAAAGGAAAAGAUUUGAUGGAAGAGGCAUCCGUGGAAGAGUUGAUGACCAUUGGUCUUAUGCUCAUGUCAGGCGAUGAUAUAAAGGAGGGUUGCUCUCUUAAGAAAUUGGCCGAGCAAGCCAUGAAACAAGGACAGGAGCCCUGUGAUGGAAACAGAGAUCAAGGAAGUUAUUAUGGUGAGGACGACUAUGCUACCCCUGAUCGCGAAUAUGGAUAUGGAAGAGGAGGAAGAAUGGGAUAUGGAUUCAGACAAUAUGGUGGAAGAAAACCCUGGAACCGAAACCAACGUGGGUUGCAAUCUGGCCCUGAUUACGGCAACGAUUACCAAAACAACUAUGGCUCUGGUCCAAUGCAGCAAAGAGGCCCGUAUGGAAACCAGAAUUACGGUCAAGGUGGUCAGUAUGGAAACCAGAAUUACGGUCAAGGUGGUCAGUAUAGAAACCAGAAUUACGGUCAAGGUGGUCAGUAUGGAAACCAGAAUUACGGUCAAGAUGUCCCGUAUGGAUACUAGAAUUACCGCCAAGGGGAUGAAAACGGGUGGCAAAGAUUAAAACAAAUUUUCUCGUUACAAAGAAAUAUUAAUAUUGUCGAUAAUUUUCAAUAUAUAACUUUAAUUGCAAAUGCAUCUUUGUUGUAUAAAUUCGUAGAAAUACAUCAUUUAAUUAAGAGGUGUUCAUUAAUAUGAACACUGUUAGAUACAGAAAAAACGAAAUAUGGUUACAAGACUAACUAGAAAAAUACUAUGCUGUAUUCAUUUUCAUUGUUCUAACGUAAAGUUUUGUGCAAUGCUGGAAAGGUCGUUUGGUCAUAUGAGGCACAUUUUGCUGAUGUCCAUUAAAGUAUCAAAUUUAAAAUUGUAUCUUUGGCAUAUGGUUCUAUUAAAAUAUGUGACGUAGAAAA